CGCAAGAUGGCGAGAAGCUGGGGCGAAGUUUUACUCUGGCUUUUCUUGGGACUGUUGUUCCCAAUUUGUGAAUCAAGUCUGAUCCGAUUGCGUCCGAAUGAAGAGUAUAUUUAUCAGUAUGAAGCUAAGACACAGCUAGACAAUGUUGGAGUGUUCAAGACGAAUGCAAAGAUUGGAAUUUCUUUGCUUGAGGAUGAGGGAAAUGGACAGCACUGUAGACUCCAUGUCAUUUCUAUAAUGCAGGUUUUGGACCAUGACACUCCGAAAGGUGAAGUUCUUCCUCAUUCCAGAGGUUGGCACAUGACGAAGUGGUUCUCAUUUGUCAUGACCUACCAUGGCGAGGUCACGGCUGUUUACUAUCCUGAGACUGAAAACAUGGAAGUGUUGACUUUUAAGAAGAUGUUCGUAGGAUUGUUUACUUCCAAGCUACAUACUUCAGAUGAACUAUUGAAAGCCGGUAAAGAUUGGACUUAUAAAGUCAAUGAAACUGGACAUGAAGGUGAACAUGAAUCAACAUAUACUGCCACACCCACCACUGAUGGCAUUGUGUUUAGAAGACAGAAACAUGGACAUGUUGUUUAUAAUGCCAAAGCAACACAUGAAAAGGAAAUUCUGUAUCAUUCUGAUCUGCAGCUGCCUCAUUCGAUACACAUUGAAGAGAGUUUUUCAGCUCCACGGAAAGCAUCCCCUGGCUAUGAUAUGUAUGCUGGAGUUCCAGGAGAUAAGAAAAAGAAAGAAGAAAAUGAACGGCACCAGUAUGACUUACCUGAGAUGGCUGGUACCUCUACUGGUGACUUGCAGUAUAUCAGUACUAAGGCAUUACGGUUUCCUCAUAACGCCACGGUAACAUCACCAAAUAAUCUAAUCAGUGAUUCCAUUCAAAUCUUAAUGUAUGACAAGCCUCCCCUUCCUCUAGAAGAAAUUGACAAACAGAUAAAAGGAAAUAUGUCAUGUGUGUGGGAGAACAAAAUUAUAGAAUCCGUUGAAAAGAGCACAUGUUUCAACAACUUGGUGCAUCUUUUACCUCGUCUUUCUGCCAUCAAUCUCACCAUUAUUGCUGAACGUUACAUCACUGAUGAUGUCACAUCUGAGAAAGAGUUUGAAUACAGGAGUAUUAUGAUUGAUGCACUUGGUGCCAUUGCCACGGAAACUUCACAGUUGUUGCUAACGGAGAUGAUCCUGUUAUCUGACAAUCCCAACCCAGAUUUAAUCUAUAGAUGUUUAGUACAUUUUGUUGCUCUGAAAGUACCACCACCAACAAAGUUCAUCAAUUUACUAGAGACUAUAGCAUUUAGAAAUAAAUUUGUGUUUCCAGUUAUACUCCCAUGGGCUGCACAACAGAUAGAAGAUGCCAUCAAGGCUGCAGCUCAGGCAGUCAAGAAGUUAUUUAAAUCUCCUCGAACUGCAAUUACUGAUAUUGCAAAAUCUGUAUACAAAAUUAAGGCAGCCAUUGCUGGAGUGUUUGAAGCCAAGAAUAGGAUUGAAGAAGCCUGCUUCUUUUUGGACGAUCAGCGACCUUACUGGUUUGAUCUGGACGAUGAGAUUAGUGGGAUCUGGGAAGAUAUUCUUAACGCUAAAGAUAAAUUAGAAGAUGCUUUAGACUGGAUUACUGAAGGUGUCUCUGCAGAAGACAACAAAUUUGAACACUUCACAGGAGUGUCUUUGUCCACUGUAAGGCAACAGAUAAUAGAUGAAAUUAUUGGUGACUUUGAUGAUCUCCUAGCUCCUCUCACAAUUGUACAGAAAAUAUCUGAACCAUUUGUUUUGGCGUACGAGUCAUUCACUGGGACAAUAGAAGAUAUCAAGGAAGGCUAUGAAGGAAUUAAACGAGCGUAUGAUGAAGCAAAGACCCUGAUUAAUGAGAUCUUCGGUCCUAAGAUGGGUAAAAAGUUCCCUAGAACUAUUGCCUAUAGUUCAUGUGGUGAAGGAGCAUACUCUAAUACUAACCAGAACACAUUGCCAGGAAUUGAUUUAGAAGCACAAGAAGGAGAAGAGCUCACUGCACCUUUCAAUGGUGUGAUUACUUCUUCCGGAGGUAAUCAAGUAACCAUGGUGAUUGAUGGGGGAGAACUGAAAGACACUGAGAUUAUCAUUUAUUAUGUGGAACUCCAUUCUAAUGUUGAUGGCACACAUGUUACAAAAGAUGAUCCUAUUGGGACAGUGACAUCAUCAGGAUGCUUUCCAAAUGUAAUUCAUAUUGCUCUUCGAGUUCAAGAAUUACAUGAAUACAUUGACCCCACUAGGUAUCUCAUGAAACGUGAAAUGCCGUCACCAGGAUGGACCACGGAAUGUGAUGACUAUAUUUUAAUAUUUAAUGGUCUGACAAUUGCUGAAGGAUCUAUUACUGAAGGACCAAAGGAGACUGAUACAUCACCAGCCAGAACUACUGAACCCGAUACUUCUGAUAUAGAUGGCAUUGCUUCUAAUAAACGAAGAAAACGUGGUAUUAUUGGUGAUGUCGUUGAUGUAGCAAAAGAUUUUGUUGACGACCUUGAAUUUCCUGGAAUUGAUGAAUUUGGUCCAAUCUUCAAUUUUAACAUGAAUAGUAUGAAACUUGGUGAUGUUUUUGAUUUUCUGGAUAACUCUGGACUCACUGACCUCAAAGAUCAGCUUGAAACCUUACUGGAUAAAGUCAAAAAAGCAGUAAAUACAGAGGAAUGCAGACGACCAGAAACUAUGGAUAUCAAGGAACUACGAAAUCAGCUAGAACUGAGAGGACUGUCUACCACAGGAUCUAGAGAUGAACUUAUUGGAAGAUAUUUAGAGUCUGAAGAGAAAUGUUUUGGAAUCAGAAAUGCACUUACCAAGAAUAUCUACUGUACAUUUGAUGAGAAUUGUCUUGGUGUCAGCUGCUGUAUGGAUUUGAGUCUUGGCCAUUUACACAGAUCAUUCAAAGCUUUUGUUCAAUAUGACCCAUGCAAUUUUGAACUCACUAUUGGAGUAGAUAGUUGGACAAAGUCUUUUGAUCUUGUGGACUUUGAUUUUGCGGAGGAAGAAGAGAAUCCAGUUGUAGAGGAUAUUGACGUACUAGACGCUGUGAAGAUAACAAUUAAGUACAAGAUUGAAAAAGAUAAUGAAAAUAUAAUAGUCAAUUUGGAGACUGGUUUGUGUUCCACAGAGAUUGACUCCUGUCUCCCGUUUGUCAAGAUUCUGGACAAUGCUGUGAUUGCUAUACCAUUUUGUGAUGAAGGAAUGCAAGAAUUCGUCGAUUCUCUGAAACAGCGACAAGAAAGUACAAGCACAGACCUGUCUGGACUCACUUUGGGUGAACUGGAAAAUAUAUUGGACAAUUAUCUAAUUGAUGAAAAGGAUGUGACAAAAUUAAUUAAUGAUUUACGACAAUUAUAUGAAAGAUUGCUUAUUGAGGCCAUUAAUACCAAGUUAUCUGACAUCUUUGAUAAUGAAUUCACCAACUUUGACAAAGGAUUACAGGGCAGUGUCUUCUUCCAACAUGGUGAAACCUUUUUUGACUAUACUAUAUUCUUUUUGCUUGGACCAAUCCCCAUGUAUUUUGGUAUGGGUGCUGGUGGUACGUAUGGAAUGAGUUAUGCUACUGAUGUGAGCCUAUUACAAAUGAAGGCUGACCUAAUGGUAAGACCUCAGAUUGGAGCACAAGUAUAUGGAUAUCUUGGUAUAUGGCUGUUUGUAUUGUUUGGUGAACUCCGACUGACUGGUUACUUGCUGACUGUCAACUUCCCUACUAAGGCCCAAUUACAGUAUGACCACUUCCCCUUAGAUGUUAAGGCUCGCAUGGACAUGAACUUAGUUCCAUUACGACUUGAACUAAGAGCUAUUCUCAUUUUUGAAAUCAAAUUCAAGAUUGGAUUUGUAAAGAUCCACAUCCGUAAAGUGCUUUACAAUCAAGUUUGGUGGAAAUAUACUACGCCAAUGAUUUCCGGCACUCUCUUGGAUGUUGGCGACUUAGAACCAGACAACACACCUCCUGUAUUCAAAGCUAUUCUAACAGUAAGACUGCAUCUCGAAUCACACUCAGUGUAA